CUUUGGACAAAAAUAAGACCUAUCUAUGGCCGUCUUCUACGAAUCGUCUCCCAUCCCCAUCUAUCGCACUUCCCAUUUCUCAGAGCUAUGGCACUAAGGAUUGAUUUGAGCUGCAAGGCGAGCUGCGAGGCCAUCGGCAAUUGUGAGUUGCGAGGCCAUCGGCGAUUGCGAGCUGCUAGGCGAGCGGAGAGAAGUUAUGGCAAGGAGCGACUGUGAUGGUGACGGUGGGCUAAAUUUGGACGUCGGAGAACGUCAAGUCGUCAACUAUGUUCAACUUGUCUCUUUUCCUUCUAUUUCUUUUCGAGCGUCAGCUAGAUCGGCGAGCAACGGUGGGCUAAAUUUGGACGGUUAGUGUUGCAGGGUGGUGGUCCGGCGGUUGGGCAGAUCUGGCUAGGGUUGGGUAAAUUUGGACGGUCCGCUGAAGAUCUGUCUGGCCGUUGAAAGGGUGUUGCGAAAGGUGUUGGGGAUGGGGGCAAGGGGAUGAGGAGGGGCUGUGGCAGGGGAGGGGGCUGAGGAGGACAUGGUAAGGGCGGUGGCUGUAGUAUGGGCCGUGGUCAGGGGAGGUGGUGGUCAGAAUCAGUUAGGGCGGUGGUGGUUGGAACUGAUUGGGGUUGUGGUGGUCGGUCCGGUGGAGGUCACUGGUCAAGUUGUUCAAUGGCCGUGUUGGUCAUGGUCGGAUUGCUCAUUGAUCGGGUCGGUCACGGUCGGAUUGGUCAAGGUUGGAGUGGUCACUGUCGAAUUGGGCACGGUUGGAUUGGUCACAUUCGAAUUGGUCACGGUCAUUGAUCGGGUUGAUCAUUGUUCGAUUGAUCACAGUCAUUGAUCGGGUUGAUCACUGAUCAGAUUGGUCAUUGGUCAGAUUGAUCACUGGUCGGGUUGGUCACUGACCGUGUUAGUCAUUGAUGGAAUUGGUCAUUGCCAAUGGUAGUAGUUUAGUCUCAUUUUUUUAUUUUUUUAAAAAGUGAUCAUGUAUUUGUCCAAAGCAUUGUUUUUAUACUCCCUCCGGUUCUCAAAGAGCUUCACAGUUUGACUUCACACAGAUUAAGAAAAUAAAUUUGACUUUACUGUGGAGUGUGGAGUGCACUGUUUGACACUGUUUGGACACCGUUUGACAUUGUUUUGUACUGUUUUGGUGUAGAUAAUUUGCCAAAUAAGGAAAUAAGAAGAAGUUUGAAGUUAAUUUUGGGACUUCCCGAAAAGAAAAGUGAGAAGUUGUUUGAGAACCGAAG